AUGAUUCCCCAACACAAUCAGGUUAUCAACGCGUUGUCACAGCACGACAGCGAGAUGGAUACGGUGAUGGUGCAGCAACAGCAGCAGCUGCAGCAGCAGCAGUACAACGGCAACGGCUCACCGCCCGUCUUCGGCUCCCAGAUGGUGGAUAAGAACUCUAGCACACCCUACACCGAUGCAACACAGACGAAAAAACACAGUCCAGGCCACAUCAAGCGACCGAUGAAUCCGUUCAUGGUGUGGAGCCAGAUUGAGCGGCGCAAGAUCUGUGAGGUGACGCCCGAUAUGCAUAAUGCGGUCAUCUCAAAGAACCUGGGUCAGCGCUGGAAGCAGCUAAGCCAGGAAGAGCGCCAGCCAUUCAUCGAGGAAGCGGAACGUUUGCGCAAGCUGCACACGCAAGAGUACCCCAAUUACAAGUACCGUCCAAAGAAGAAGCAGGUUAAGGGUGUUAGUGGUGGAGGCACUGGCGGUUCAUCCAAGAACGGUUCAUCUUCGUCCUCCUCCACGGGUGCCGGCUCACCUGCCCUGUCCACAUCGUCGUCCUCCUCCUCCUCGACAGGCUCGCCCGAGUCCGUGUCGUCUCGGGACAGCUGUGGAUCGUCGAGUAGUUCCUCUUCGUCGUCAACCUCGUCUGCCGGUGGUAAGUCACCAGCGUCUUCCGGUAAGCGCAGCCGAACCGCUAGCGGGAAGGUCUCCAAGGCUGGCGCUGGUAACGGUGGCUCGCUCAAGGCCAAAAAGCAAGUAAUCAUUGACGAACUCGGCCAGCCUACCAUGGCUGCGGUAGCGACGGCCGCCACUGUGACUACGCUAGCGGCUCAACCCGACUGUUACUCGCUGGCGGCUACCCAACCGCUGCCAAACUCACCAGAGAGUGCUACCUUGUACGACGAACGGUCGCUGAUCUCGCCCGAGCCCUCGUUCGGUCCAUUCUCCGAAAGUACCCCGAUCUUUAUACGAACGCCAGAUCACAACGUGUUCGUGGUGGACGAAAGUAAUCACUUUGAUCAUGAAGCCAAAGGCUUCCUGUACGCGCACGGUACUACGCCAGAUCUCACUGGUGACAGCGUGGGGAGUCCGCUGGGCCAUAACGCCACCAUUAUCACCUCCGUCACCUCCGCAACUACAACCACCAGCAACAGUAGCCCGAGCGCGCUAAGUCACGGUGCACACGUGACGUCCUGCAACAGUCCACUUCCGCAGCAUCACAAUCAACACAAUCAGCAACAACACAACAACAACAACAGUCUUCAGAUCAACAACAAUCACCUCCAGCAUCAGCAGCAAACGACGCCGUCCGUCAAGUCCGUCUACACCGACAGCGACGGAGACUGCGUAAAGACGGAGAAGUACUACGAUGACGAUGAGUGCCCGAGUGAUCGCUUUGGCGCCAUGCUGGACGACAGCUGUUUGGACGGUGUUGCUGGUAUUAACCGAAUAGAUGAUUCGCUGGACCUUGGUCCUGGGUCGGUGGGUUCAACCGGCCCGCCCGGUUCUGGCGCGUGUUUCGGUGAGAUUGUGGCCUUCAAUGGACAUUUCACGCUGACCGACCCAACUCAGCAGCAGCAGCAACAGCAGCAGCAGCAACAACAACAGCAAGCUCAGCAUCAAUCACAGCAGUCACAUCACCUCAAUCAGCAACAGCAGCACCGCGGCACACUAGCGAGCUUUAACGAAAUCACCAAUGGACAACAGUGCCACCAGCCGUUGCUAUUGCAACCUUUCCAGUUCUCUUUGGCAAACCAACCGUUGGUUGCCAACAGCCUUCACCAGCAACAAAACCAGCACCAGCAGCAACAGCAGCAUCAGAGCCAGCAGCAGUUCCAGCAGCAACUGCGACAGUACGGUUGCCAGCAACAUCUGGUGGACUCGCAGGUUGCCGUGGAGAAUAUGGGAUUGCCGCUGCUGGCGGAAGCUUCGCUCGUGCCCAACUGUCAACCUUCACCAUCGGUGGACGGGUUCGGUGCCGCAUCUCUGUCACUUGACGGUAACAUCAUCGACAGCAACAGCCAGACUGACGUGUUACCCAUUCUGGACGAUAUGCUCGGUACCGCUAACAUGGACUACUCCUUCGAGGGGCUCGAAACGGCAUCGUCCUCCAGCGGUUCGCAUCUUGAGUUCAUCACCGAAGACAACAGUAUUUUCCUGUCGGAGCCGAACCUGAUCGGCUACAACGUUUAA